UUGGUAUCCUACACGCGUGAUUUCUCCCGAAGCAUUUCUUUUACCUUUGUAAUCUCUUAACCUUCUGCAACGAGUAAAAUCUCAUUGUAUGCCACCUUCUCUCCUCCACAAAAGUUGCUUGCUCUACUCUCCUUUGACCUUAUCAACUUCACGUUCCUCGACCCUUAUGAAAAUGAUAACCAUGGCAUCCGUAUCUCCGACUCACUUCACUCCACACACUCAGCCCCACUCCUUAGAAAACCCACAACUCUCUCUAUUUGACAAUUGCAAGUCCAUGGACUAUCUCAAGCAACUGCAUUCCCAAACAAUCAAAACGGGUAUGACCUCAAACCCAGUCGUACAAAAUAGAAUCGUAGCGUUUUGUUGUAAGAAUGAAUCGGGUGAUAUGAAUUAUGCCCGUCACGUGUUUGACACAAUUCCUGAACCAAGCAUGUUCGUUUGGAACACCAUGAUCAAAGGCUACUCUAGGAUUAAGGUGCCUGAGAAUGGAGUUUCUAUGUAUUUAGAAAUGUUGAGAAGGAAUGUCGAGCCUGAUCACUACACCUUUCCAUUCUUGUUAAAGGGUUUUACGCGUGAUAUUGCAUUGGAAUGUGGGAAAGAGUUGCAUGGGCAUGUAGUGAAAUGUGGGUUUCAUUCUAAUGUGUUCGUUCAAAAUUCUUUGGUAAUUAUGUACUCCCUGUGUGGCCUGAUUGAUAUGGCUCGCUGUGUUUUUGAUACGAGUCAGACAAGGGAUGUGGUCACUUGGAAUGUAAUGAUAUCUGGGUACAACAGAAUUAAGCAAUUUGAUGAAUCAAUGAAGCUUUUUGAUGAGAUGGAGAAAAACGGGGUGUUGCCCACUUCAGUUACCCUUGUUCUGGUGCUAUCAGCUUGCUCCAAAUUGAAGGACUUAAAUAUGGGCAAGCGGGUUCAUGAGUAUGUCAAAGAAUGCAAAGUUGAAGAUGAUUUGAGAUUGGAAAAUGCUUUGAUUGAUAUGUAUGCAGCUUGUGGAAGAAUGGAUCUUGCACUUGGGAUUUUUCAGAACAUGAAGACCAGGGAUGUGAUUUCUUGGACUGCCAUUGUUGCAGGUUUUGCCAAUGCUGGAGAAGUUGAUUUAGCUCGGAAGUAUUUCGAUCAGAUGCCUGAAAGAGACUAUGUUUCAUGGACUGCGAUGAUUGAUGGCUAUGUUCGGGUGAAUUGCUUCAAAGAGGCUUUGGCACUUUUCCGUGAGAUGCAAACUUCAAAUAUAAGACCAGAUGAGUUCACCAUGGUCAGCAUUCUAACUGCUUGUGCUCAUCUAGGGGCACUUGAAUUAGGAGAAUGGAUAAAGACUUAUAUUGACAAAAACAAGAUCAAGAAUGAUGUGUAUGUGGGUAAUGCUUUAAUUGAUAUGUACUCUAAAUGCGGAAAUGUCGAAAAAGCACAAAGAAUUUUUAAGAAAAUGCCUCGGAUUGAUAAAUUUACAUGGACGGCAAUGAUUGUUGGUCUUGGCAUUAAUGGACAUGGUGAAGAAGCUCUUGAUAUGUUCUCUGAAAUGCUUAAAGCUUCAAUAGCCCCAGAUGAGAUAACAUACAUUGGUGUUCUAUGUGCCUGUACUCACACUGGCAUGGUAGAUGUAGGAAGAAAGCUUUUUGCUAGCAUGACCACCCAACAUGGGAUUGAGCCCAAUGUGGCACAUUAUGGGUGCAUGGUUGAUCUUCUUGGCCGAGCUGGACAUCUGAAAGAAGCUCAUGAAGUUAUAAAGAAUAUGCCAAUGAAACCAAAUUCAACUGUAUGGGGGGCACUUCUUGGUGCUUGUAGAGUACAUAAAGAUGCAGAAAUGGCUGAAAUGGCAGCUAAACAGAUUCUUGAGUUAGAGCCUGAAAAUGGAGCUGUUUAUGUUCUACUAUGUAAUAUGUAUGCAGCUUGCAAUAGAUGGGAAAAUUUGCGUGAAGUAAGACAAAUGAUGAUUGAUAGGGGAAUCAAGAAAACCCCAGGUUGCAGUUUGAUAGAGAUGAAUGGUAUUGUCCAUGAAUUUGUAGCUGGGGACCCAUCACAUCCAAAAUCUGAAGAAAUCUAUUCAAAAUUAGAUGAGAUGAAAACAGAGUUGAAAUUUGCAGGGUAUUCACCUGAUACAUCAGAGAUUUCCCUUGAUGUAGGGGAAGAAGAAAAAGAGAGUGCACUAUACCGGCAUAGUGAAAAGUUGGCUAUUGCCUUUGGGCUUAUUAGUUCAGGACCUGGGGUUACAAUUAGAGUUGUGAAGAACCUCAGAAUGUGUGUGGACUGUCAUCAUAUGGCAAAGUUGGUUUCAAAGAUGUACAAUAGAGAGAUUGUUGUUAGGGAUAAAACUCGAUUCCAUCAUUUCAGGCAUGGUUCAUGUUCAUGUAAAGAUUUUUGGUGAAAAGGAGACUCUGUUAUAAGUUGUUGAUCUAUUCUUCUCUCUAUAUCAUCAUCUGGUUCUGAAGAGCACUAGAGCAUCGAUACUUCCAUGGCAUUGUUUAACCAUGAAGAGACAAUUAAACGUGAGGGACUUCAAUUGAAUUAUGAA